UCAUGACCUUUUGGAUACUUGCUUACUCGCUUUGGGGCACUUGACCAGCAUUUCUGGACAGGUUCCAGAAUAACAGGAAACAAUAUUCUCAACUGCUAAUUUUUGUGUGUGUGUUAUUAUAAUUUUGUUUUCCUUCCGUCCUCCCCCAAUAAUUCUGCAACCAGCUCUCCGCCAUGUCCACGAUAGCCUCGCCCCGGGAUCCCACGUCCUCCUUUCGCCGGACCAACUCCUCUCAAGCUAUCGCGACUCCCACAUCCUCCGCACGCCCCAGUCUCGACAUCCCCCGCUCCGCCACCAGCUCGCCCAUCCCGGGCAGCGGACCCUUCCAGCCGGCCCCCAACAAGAGAAACAACCGCGCCGCCUUGCGUGAGUACUACAAUCUGAAGAAGACGUCUGCCGCAUCUGCUGCGCCUCCGCUCCUCGAAGUCACCGACACAGACUCGGUCGGAGACGCGGCUGAGACGUCCUACUCGGAGGUCCCCUUGUCGGAGAUCGAUGCCGCCGGGUUCGACGCCGACGCCUACGUAAAGGCCAAGCUGCAGGAAAGCAGUCUGGAUGAGCUGCUGCGGACAUACACGAGAGUGCUAGGAGAGAUACGGGCGCUGGGAGCCGAGAAGAAGGCGUUGGUUUAUGAUAAUUAUAGCAAAUUGAUCACCGCGACCGAGACGAUACGCAAGAUGCGUGCCAACAUGGACCCAUUGAACCCUAUGGCCUCCACAUUGGACCCAGCGAUAGCCCAAAUCUACUCACAAGCUUCGUCAAUUCGAGAAUCACUGCGCAAGUCGGCCUCCAAACCCGAGGACAGCACGAAAGCAUACGAGGAUCGGGCGAAGAAGACGAGGACCAAGGAGCUUGUCAGCGAGGUGCUCGAAGCCCCCGAGCGGAUCCGAGCACUGGCACAGGCGGGCAAGACGGAAGAAGCGGAAGAGGCAUGGAGGCUACCCAGACAAUUACUCCUGAGAUGGAAGGAACGGGGGCUUGGGGGCGCAGAUAUUGAUGUAUGUCUGGCAGAAGGAGAAGCAGCCCUGAAAGAUGAAACUGCCCCUGAAACGUAA